AUGGGCGCCGCCGAUCACGGCGGGCACGACGGCGGCGAUCACGGAAUGGAAUCGCAAGGCAGAUUAACGUCGCGAGACGUGUCGAUGAGCAGCAAGCGCGCGCUGCGGAAGAAGCUGAAGAAGUUUGUGGAUCCGCUACCGAUUCCCCCUGUUGUCAAUGCGGACCGGCUUCCGAAAGACUCCAGCGGCGCCGCUGAUCUCACCAUCACCGCGUUUAGCGUGAAACGGAAAUUCCACCGCGAUCUGCCUCCAACUCGCGCGUACGCCUUUGGGCUCACGCGCAAGGGGGCCAGCGUGCCCGGGCCGACGAUCGCGGCGCGCGUGGGAUCGCCGCUGCACGUGAAGUGGCAGAACAACAUCACGGAUCAGCAACACAUCAUGCCCGUCGAUUACACGCUCAUGGCUCCUAAGCUCAAGAUGGGGGGCGUUCCUAUCAGUACGUUUGACGUGCCGCUGCUGAUCCAGGACAAGUCGUUUCUAUGGAACGGGCACACGUUUAUGGAGGGGAAGGGCCUGACGAAAGCACAUCCGGUGUGGUUACCUGAGUACUUCGGGAAUUUUAUGACCGUUAAUGGGAAGGUGACCCCCUAUCUGGCCGUGCAGCGUCGCAAGUAUCGCUUCCGUCUCGUCAACAGCUGCAACGCGCGCUUCCUCGACCUAGCCCUCCGCGCCUCCUCUCCCGUUUCCGACGAUCCCAGCGGGGAAAUCAACAGCACCAGCACCACCUUCCCUUUCCUCCAGAUCGCCUCAGAGUCUGGUUAUCUCAACCGCCCCGUGCCUCUCCGCAGGAUAACCCUAGCUCCCGGGGAGCGCGCAUGUAUCAUUGUUGAUUUCAGCCAGCUGCCUGCAGGGGCGACAAUUCGCGUGAAAAACCGCGCCCCUGCGCCUUAUCCCGGGGGUGAUUUACCCACGGGGGAUGUACAGUACGUCAUGCAGUUCAACGUGGAGGGUGACCCGGUCGCAGACCCCUCUACAGUGCCGGGAAUCCUAAACUCUAUCCCCCUUCUCAACCUCGGAAACAUCGCCGCGACAAGGGAAAUCACCCUUUCAGAGGUCGCAGACAAGGCGACCGACGAGCCGCUAAUGGGGCUGAUUGAAAAGAAGCAUUACCACGAGAAAGUCGACAUAACGCCGACAUACGGGACCCGGGAACUCUGGUACCUCAUCAACCUCUCUGAAGAUGCUCACCCCAUCCACAUCCACUUCUCCCCACAUCGCAUCCUCUUCCGCCGCCCGUUCGACAAGGAGCUCUACGAGGCGAAGAAGUGCAGCAUUCCCGCCGGGACCUGUUACACGGGUCCGGCAAUUUCGCCCAGGCGGAACGAGAGGGGAAUGAAGGACACGACGAGGGCUCCUCCGGGGUAUGUGACUGCGCUGGUGGUGGAUUUUUCGCCGUGGAUGGGGAAGGAGCUGAGCUUUGAUCCCUCUAAGGGGCCGGGGUACAUGAUUCACUGCCACAUCCUGGAUCACGAGGACAACGACAUGAUGCGUCCUUUCACCAUCCUGCCUGCCAAGUAG